GAACAAUAGGUAUAUUAUUAAGGUGGAAGUAUUGUGUUUCACACUUAUCUUUUUUUCAAAUAUAAAGGCAACUAUCCUUCUAAUGAACUCACAGUCGAUUUUGAUAGGUUAACUCACUGACAUCAAACAUGAAGGUUUCUUUUAUUUUUAUUCUUGCUAUUAUAGUUUUAUUAUCUCUUACUGGUGAACUGGAAGCAAAAAAAUUUUGGAAAAAAGUGGAAAAGGUAGGACAAAAUAUAAGAAAAGCUUCGGAAAAAACCCUCCCUAUUGUUCAAGGAUAUGGUAGAUGUUGAACUCAGUUGGGAUGUGGUUGACAUUAAUAUCACAGACACUUAUCAAAGAAAAUUAUUAGUUUUUGUUUUUAAAAUUUGUUAAUUUUAUGGAAAAAGAAUCAAAAAAUUAAAUUAUGUAUUUAUUUAUGGUAACCAUGUAAUUUUAAUAGACAUUUUAUAGAACCA